AUGCACGGGAUACUCGCCAUCGCCGCUCAGCACAAAGCCCACCUGCUCCCCCUUCACCGCGAAACCUACGUCACUCUCGCAGCAUACCACCAGGCUCACGGACUCGAAGGAUUCAUGCCUCACCUAAACAACGUCUCGGAAGAAAAUUGGGAGUCGUUAUUUUGCUUUGGAUCACUAGUGAUUAUGUAUGCGAGCUUGCUGCCGGCGAGGUCCGAGAGUGGGCGGCUUCCAGCUCCAAUAUCGGAUAUCUUGGAGCUCUUUUCGUAUGUGAAGGGUAUCCAAGCCGUGUUUGAGCCCUUCUUUGAUUACCUUCGUAGAUCUCUGCUGGCGCCGUUGAUUCAUGGGGUUUGGAUCGCCGACCCGGGAAAGUGGACAAGAACACCCACCCCGACGUCCGAGAGGAUUACGCAAACGCUGUACGGCACCUCCUCGACAUCGCAAGGCUCAUCGCCCACGCGGGCCUUUACAUAG